AUGCCCCUCCACCACCCGUCAUCUUCACAACACAGUCAAUCCGUCGCCAGAGUCCAGUCCUUAGUCAACCAGAUGUCGCCCUCAGCCACCGUCUUCUCAGCCGAGGUUGUACCUCAGGCGCCUGAGGACCCUAUGUUUGGUCUGAUGGCAGCUUUCAAGGCUGAUGACUACCCUGAAAAAGUGAAUGUCAGCGCCGGCACCUACCGUGAUAACGACUCAAAGCCCUGGAUAUUACCAGUUGUCGCAAAGGCAGAUGAAAUCAUUCAUGCCGACCCCAAUUAUGACCACGAAUAUGGACCAAUCGCUGGUACUCCCUCAUUCAGAAACAAGGCCGCUGAGCUGAUCCUAAGCUCCGAUUCACCCGCCAUCAAGGAGAAGCGUGUCACCUCCAUACAAACCAUCUCCGGCACCGGCGCCGUUCAUACUGGUGCCCUGUUCCUUGCCAAAUUCUUCCCCGGUAACAAGAAGGUCUAUGUGUCGAGUCCGACAUGGGUCAAUCACCACCAGAUCUUCACUAAUGUCGGUCUUCCUGUCGCCGAAUAUCCCUACUGGUCCGAGAAGACAAAAGCCUUAGAUUUCGAUGGCAUGAAGGCCGCCAUCUCCGAAGCCCCAGAACGAUCUAUCAUCCUCCUACAUGCUUGCGCCCACAACCCCACAGGCGUCGACCCUACCCUAGACCAGUGGAAGGAGCUUGCAACUAUUAUCAAACAAAGGAAUCACCUUACAUUUUUCGAUAGCGCAUACCAGGGGUUUGCGUCUGGUGACUUGGCGAAGGAUGGCGCCGCUGUCCGCUACUUUGUCGAGCAAGGCAUCGAGCUUGUAAUAGCCCAGAGUUUCGCCAAGAACUUCGGCCUCUAUGGUGAACGAGCUGGCUGUUUCCACUUUGUCACGUCUCCGGCCCCCGAUGCGUCUGAGACGGCAAAGCGCGUCGCUUCCCAGCUAGAAAUUCUGCAACGUUCAGAAAUCUCAAAUCCUCCCCUGUACGGCGCCCGAAUUGUCAAUACAGUACUCAAUGACCCGAAGCUCUUCGCCGAGUGGGAAGAAAACCUCAAAACCAUGUCUGGCCGAAUCAUCGAGAUGCGGAAGGUGCUACGUGCAAAGCUUGAGGAGCUGGGUACUCCCGGCACUUGGAAUCAUAUCACGGACCAGAUCGGCAUGUUCUCCUUCACUGGUCUCAACCAAAAGCAGUCCUUAACGAUGAAGGAGAAGUAUCACGUUUACAUGACCAAGAAUGGCCGUGUCAGCAUGGCCGGCCUGAACACGAAUAACGUUGAUUAUUUCGCAAAAGCAAUCGACAAGGUUGUCCGGGAGGUGCAAUAG